AUGAUAAAAGAAAAUGAUGAACAAAUUAAAAUUAUGACAGAUUUUCUUCAGAGCAAGAUCUUCAUAGAAAAAAUGAAGGGUGAUAUGCAAAAGAAUCUAAAAAAAAGAUCUAUGCUAAAUGCUUAAAUCAAAUACUUCUAAUCAUUUGAUAAAGAUGAAGAAUUAGUGAGAAUUUGCAACAAUUCAGAUUGCUGUGUGAAUUAGGCUUUGAAAUGCGUCUUAAGAGAGAAGAUUUAAACUCAAUCAUUGAAACCAUACUGGAGAGUCUUGUCAAAUAUAAAUUAUAAUCUUAAUAACAAUUCAUGCUAAUAUAGGAACUUAUAGAAUAUUCAGCAUUUUCCAUCUCAGUUUUAAGAAAUAAUUAAAAGAGAUAUUUUACGGACUACUUAGGAUGAAGAGAAUCGAGCAAAAUUGAGCAAUAUACUAAACGCAUAUAGUAUCCGUAAUGCAUAAAUUGGAUAUUGUUAAGGGUUUAAUUAUAUAGCGUAUUAUUUCCUUCAGCAUUUCAGCGAAGAGGAAACAUUCUGGUUCUUAUGUUUUCUAUUUGAGACACUCUUACCACCAAAUUAUUAUAAUCAUUUGUAUGGAGUUUAAUGUGAUGAUUUCAUAAUCAAAGAUCUCCUAUAAUUUUUAAGACCUCAAUUGAUUAGUCAUAUGUAAAGAUUGCAGAUAGAUACAAGUUUAAUUAUAAUUUAAUGGUUGGUUUGCUGUUUUACUCUACACAAUCGAUUGAGCGAAACUAUUAUCGAUUUAUUAUUGUUAGAUGGAUCUAAAGCGUUGAUAAAAUGUGUUCUCACUUAUCUGAGUUUAUCAGAGGCCAUAUUAUUAUAAUGCUAAGACAUAGGCACAUUUAUUAUGUCAAUAGAGAACUUCAUUUAGAGCUAUUAAGAUAGGGAAUAAUAUGUCAAGGAAUACAACAGAAUCUAUAUCAAUAAUAAAAUAUUAUAAUUUGUGAGAUAGGAGUAUUCGAAAAAGGUGGUUCUUAUGGUUUAAUAGAGAAGUAAUCAAAGUGCUUAAUAAUUGGAUGCAUAUUUAUUAGAUCUGAAAUAAAAAAAAUGUAAUCCUGAAUCACCUGUGUGUCAAUACAUUCUGGAGGCUUGGAAUAGAAAUAAAAGACAUCUUGAUUUUAUUAUUAUUCAAGAACAAAAUAUAAAAGUCAUCUAAGAUUAUGAUCAAACCCAAAACAGAUAAUCGAUUUUAGAAAAUUAUGAUUAAAUGAUAUUAAGAUAAAAUCAUAUAUGUCAAUCAGACGAUAUCAUAUUGAUUAGAGAAAUCUAAUACUCUGAUAUCUAAGAUGUUGAAUUAGUAAACAUGAAAUAAACUCAGAAAACUAAUUAGGUUAGUAAGAGAACAAGAAGUCCCAUAAAAGAUUUUCUUCUUUUUCCAUUGAAAGUAUUCAAUUAGAAGGAGUAAGAAUAAAAAUUAAAAAUGAACCCAUAAAAAUAUAAAAUAGAAACAGACUCAUAUUAAAGAAUGGUCAAAAGUGUCCAAAUUCAGCAAUCUCCAAACACUUCAUAACAAAAUAGAGGCAGAUCUCCAUAAUAAACAAAAUCUUAAUAAACUGAUGAUACGAGUCAAUGUUAGAUUCCAGCUUAUAUAGAGAGGACUUAGAAUUAGAAGGAAGAACUGCCAAAAAUUCGAGAAUCAAUUACAAUAUAAUUCUUGACAGAGUUAUAGAAAAAUACUGGAUUAAUUAAUAUAGAUUUGAAUAUUAAAGAUGUUUUUGAGUAAAAAACUUGA